AUGACUACUGAUCUUUCAAGAACGGCCGAUGACUUUGGAGAUGGUGGUGCAUUUCCAGAAAUUCAUAUUGCACAGUAUCCAUUGGAUAUGGGACGUAAAAAAACGGCCACAAGUGGAGGCGCAUUAUCAUUACAAGUUGAUGCAGAAGGGAAUAUUCGUUACGAUGCAAUUGCCAGACAAGGGCAUAAUGAAGAUCGUAUAAUUCAUUCACAAUUUAAGGACUUGGUUCCGUUAAAUCAAAAAACCGAUAUAGAAAAGGUGUCAUUUGAAAGACCCGACGAAGAAGAAGUUAAAGAAACAACAGAGAAAACAAGAGAAGCAUUAGAAAAAAUUGUGCAAGGCAAAAUUAAAGCAGCACAACCGAAAAAUGUGAAAUCCGAUCAACCAUCAGAGCCCACAUAUAUAAGAUAUACACCGGGACAACAGGGAGAAGCUUAUAAUUCUGGUGCAAAACAAAGAAUUAUUAGAAUGGUAGAUAUGCCAGUUGAUCCAAUGGAACCACCUAAAUUUAAACAUAAAAAAAUUCCUAGAGGUCCUCCGUCUCCACCUGCCCCUGUACUUCAUUCCCCUCCACAUAAAAUAUCCGCACAAGAACAAAAAGAAUGGGUAAUUCCACCUUGCAUUUCUAACUGGAAAAACGCCAAAGGUUUUACCAUUCCUCUUGAUAAACGUUUGGCUGCAGAUGGUCGAGCACUUUUUGCAGCUGAUCGACACGCACGUGAAGAAGUGAGGCAACGAUCACUAAUGCGAGAAAAACUCGCUCAAAAAGACAAAGAAGAAAAAGAAAAAAGAUUGCGCAUGUUGGCACAAAAAGCUCGAGAAGAAAGAGCUGGGAUAUCAACAACAGCAGCAACAGGAACAGGGAAGUCUUCUAAACCUGACGAAGACGAAUUUUCAUCUGAAGAAACAGAUGAUGAUGUUUCAAAAUUAAAAGAGCGUGAAGAAUUAAGGAGGGAUCGAAGAAGAGAACGUGAACGUGACUAUAGAUUAUCGAGAAUGGGAGCAGAACAAAAGGCAAAAUAUCUCGCAAGAGAACAAAAUCGCGAUAUUUCUGAAAAAAUUGCGUUGGGCCUUGCUAAACCUACCGUCAGUAAAGAAAGCAUGUACGACUCGAGGUUAUUCAAUCAAAGUGAAGGACUUUCUUCUGGAUUUAAAGAUGAUGAAGCAUAUGAUUUAUAUGACAAACCAUUAUUUGCAAGUUCGGCAGUCUCAAAUAUUUAUAAUCCUAAAAAGAAUUAUGAUCCCGACAUGUUUGGCGGAGGAGAUGAACAAGAAAUUGUUCAAAAAUUGAGUACCGAAAACAGAUUUGGACUUACUUCAAAAGGAUUCUCGGGAGCAGAUCCAAAUCAGGCACGAGAUGGUCCAGUUGAAUUUGAAAAAGAAAGUUCCGAUCCAUUUGGUUUUACUCAAUUCUUAGCUGCAGCUAAACAAGGAACUAAACGUGGCCUCGAAAAUGUUGGGGAAGGCAGUAGUGGUCAUAAAGGAAAGCGUGCCAAGGAAUAA